AUGUCGGGACUCGGAGGUGACAGGAGCCCCGGAAUUAUCGACUGCGCGGUGGCCAAGGCUGGGGGUAACGGGAGUGGGGGCGGGAGUGGUAAGAGCGAGAGCGGAGUUGGGGGGAGUGAUAUUAACGGAAUGCAUAUGUCUCCCAGUUCCGGUCAUGGGGGAGAUGUCGGCCAUUUUCUUUCCUCCAGACUCCCCAGAGGAGGGUCCCCGACCUCUUCCGUCGGUGACCUUGAAUCCGCCUGCAGUAUACAGGGUCAAGGUCAAAUUCGGCCACAGAGCGGGAUGAGACUUCCACAACACGAACCUGUUGGUGCCCUUCAGGGCAUCAAGGCCGAAAGUCCGAAC